UUCGGCAGGGGUGACCAAACAGUCACAGAUCCCACCUACCGCGAUGGACGAGAGAUACCUGGAAAAGACAUCACUUGCCCAUCCGAGUCCAGCUACACUGCCUCUCUCCACUUCCUCCUUGAUCUCAAGACCGUCCUUGAGGCGACCCUAUUCGUGGGCAAGGAGGUUGAUGCAGAGCUCCACAAGCUCGCGAUGUACGAUGAGGGUGGGCACUUUGACUGGCACCGCGACUCGACCCAUGGGAAGGACCACCAUGCCACUGUCCUGGUCGCGCUCAACGCAUCCUGGUCAGGCGGCGCAUUCCAUCUCCGGCAUGACGGCAACGAGAUGGCUGUGGACAUGCAUCCCAAAAUCACUGGCGCCUCUGAACCCCAACCCUACAUCAAUCUCAAAGAUGUGGCAUUCUACACUGACGUAGAGCAUAAAGUUGAUCCUGUGACGUCAGGUGUACGCUUA